CAGUUCUUGAAGAAAAUGAAUACCUCUUAUCUUUAGCCCUACCAGAGUUAGGCGCGUUAAAUUUGAUUUUCGAUAGCACAUGGUUAGUCAAUCAGAUUAAUAAUUAAUGACAACGGGCAAGACUUUGAUUUCACGCUCAAGGUGAGCAGAACGAACGACUUGGUAAACUUGUGUGUCAAUCAAACAAACAUUAAGCGAGUGAUCGCAAAAAGUAAUAGCACCUUCUUGUUGAAGAUUCGCGCGCCAAUCACACACGCACGCACGCACGCACCCACGCACUUUAUACUUUCGCGCCCUGAGUGGUUUAGAACCCAGACUUCUAUCCACCUUACUACUGCCUCUUAAAACUUCUUCUAAUAAAUGUUUUUAUGGUUUACCUUUCGAUUCAAACCCUGUUAAGCAUGAUUUGUGAUCUAUGCAAGACCAGAAAGUUGCGAAGAGAAUUUCCCUCAGAUACUGUCACAGAUAAAUGUGACCAUGCGCCUCUACAUUGCCUUAGGUGUGUCACGAAGUAUGUUGAGAAGUAUCACAAGUGUUCUCAGUGUUUACAAGCUGUAAAAACCAGUGAUCCACGGUACUGUGAGUACUUGGAAACCUUGGAGAACUUGUUCCCAAAAUACAGUGCUCCUGCUGCCACGACUGAAAAUGUGGAGGCCAUUUCGGAUGGUAACGAGACAAUAUCUGUUGUCAUGCUGGGUGGAGACAGUACAGUAGUGGCCUUUAGACCAAGCAUGACAAUCCAAGAUCUUAAAAACUAUGUGCAGACACGGCUCGGACCAGCCCCACAAAAACAACGACUAUUGUAUAAAGAAAAAGAGCUUAAGACUCAUUCAGGUACAAAAUGGGCCACCUUACAAGAUUACGCCGUACAGCCGUUUAGCACCCUACACCUCAUUGUGGUGUUGUAGGAGAUUAACCACUCCCUUGACAAUGCAGUUUUUGACCUGUUUUGGGGCUAUCCCUCCAGCGGACGUGAUUAUUUGGAUGCGUCUGUUCUCAUCUAUAGUGGGUCGUUCCCUCUAGGCAUAGUGGACUAUAGUCAGACAGCCUUUAGUGGUAUUUCCCAUUCUGGUGACGUAAUGGAUGAUGGAAAUCGCCUCGGCCACCAUACCAUACGUGUUCAGCUGAAGUCUUUGCCAAGCAACAUCAACAAGUUAUUUUUCACUCUGAGUGCUUGGAGUUCCCCUAACAUUUCAAAGUACCCAAAUCCCAGUCUGCGUUUUUUCGAUGCCAAGGAGCCUAACAAACAGCUCUGCAGUGAUCAGAUGGGACACGCAGCACACUCCCAGGCAGUGAUCAUGUGCAGUUUGUCCAAGAUUGACGGAGUUUGGAAAGUUUUCAGUUUGCGUACACUAUCAGCUGGAAAUGCAAACAAUUAUUCUCCGCUGCAGCAGACAAUCGGUGGCAUUGUAGCUCAAGGACUGUGUUAAAUGUUACUGUGAAAGUUGAUUAAGUUUAGGUAAUUCAAUCAGGCUAAAAAUGCUGAUGAAAAACAAUGAUAUCUUCGUGUAAGGUGUAACCCGCAAUUCACCUGCCAGUAGGACAGCCCGUAGCUAUAGUGUGCUCAUUAUCACACCCUCACAAAAAAAUUCAGACUGAUGUUAUUAUCGGCACAAAGACUGAGCAGAUAACCAAAGAACUUAAAGCUGAUUUAAGCUUUCACUUUACGAUCUAGUUGGACUAGAUAUUGUGGUAAAACCUUUGAAAUCCUACUUGCUGUUUCUGACAGGUUUUGUACUGAAAACAUAUUCAGUCAUAUAUUAAAGUUCACAAAGCGAACAGGUGGACAAUCCUUGAAUCCUUAAACCAGAGUAGCAUCAAACCAUGUGUGAUAUUCAGUCAUGUCUGUUGUCCACAGAAGGCAGUUUGAUUGAAGAGAAAAUCACACAAGAGUAUCAGCAGAGAAAAUGUGGGAGUUUUUGGUCGAAGCAUACAAAACAUUCCAGUAUAUCAGGGUUUUCAUAAGGUGGAGUUCAGUUGACCUUUUUUUUUUUUUUAUUUAAGAAAGUGGAAUAGCCAAUGUCACAAGCAUAGUAAAGAACUGCGAAGUUAUUGUUUUUAUUGUCAACAAAUUCAACUACUGAGGUUUUCCUUUCAGAUAUUACACUUUGGUUUACGUUUUACAUUGAAAUAAACCGCAUUUGAUCAUUUGUA